AGGCAGCAGCAGCAGCGGCAUCAUCAUCAGCAGCAGCAGCAGCUACAGCAGCAGCAAUACACUCCGUGCUGCGACGACAACCACAAUCGACCACCACCCAUCACCACCACCACCCACCAACACCAUCAGUAACACCAACAUCGUGAACAUGGGACGUCUGGCUCGGUUCAGAAUAUCUCAAUAAGACUGCCGUAGCGCUUCAUGUCAAAUCAAUGAUAACAACUCCCAUUGCAUUGUCAGGCUUGGGGUGCUACGCGUACAGUAUAACAACAUAGACUGCACUGCGACUCAGGCAAUCACACAACAUACACACAACAUACACGGACAGUUCCUUGCGAAGAUUAAAUCGCGUUCGUUGUGGUCGCUAUUAUCUUAGAAUCGCACGCAGGCUUCGUCAACGCCGCUUGCAGCAAGGCCGCAGGCGAUCUUUGAGCGGCGCUUGUGUAGCUCUAUCAACGCACCAUGGCAGACGACACCGGACCAGAUGCCAACCUGGGCGCCUUCUCGCCGGUUGACUAUAUGAGCAUCACGAGUUUCCCGCGGCUUCCGGAGGAUGACGCCGCCUCCAGUGACACGGGUGGCGUGCGGGCCCGACGCAAGCAGGAUGACGCCCUCGAUGACCCCGACUCCAACGACCCCGAGAACUUCCUCAAAACUGCGCGGCUGCAGCGACUGCCCUCGUCUUCCUCGGAGCCUGACAGCCAGGAGUCGUCCCCGCUGCGCCUCACCAAGAAGGACCCCUUCUCGCAGGAGUGCGCGUGCCGCCGCGACGGCCUCACCGUCAUCAUCACCGCCUGUCUCACCUUCGCCACCGGCGUCACCAUCGCGCUCAUCAUACAGAUUUACCUCGGCGAGCCUCAGGUGUACUACAACGGCACGGUGGUGUCCGACGUGCGGCUGUGCUCGGACAUUGGCGCCGACAUUCUGCACAAGCAGGGCUCCUCUGUCGACGCGGCAGUUGCCACGGCGCUGUGCGCGGGCAUCGUGCACCCGCACUCGUCCGGGCUAGGCGGGGGCGGAGUUAUGUUGGUGCACAACAUCAAGGAGAACACGACGCGAGCCAUUGAUUUCUGGGCUGUGGCUCCGGCUGAGGACCUCUUAUUUAACAACCUGAACGCUAACCUGACUGCGGGGCUGAGUGUGGGCGUGCCGGGAAUGAUUAAAGGCCUGUACCAGGCUCAUCAGCUGUACGGCAGAAUGCCGUGGGGCGAGGUGGUGGCGGCAGCUGCUCGCGUCGCCAAGGACGGCUUCAACGUCACCACGGAGCUCGCGUCGGCCGUGGGCCACCUGCUCAGCGGGAACCUCUCGGCGAGCUUGCGUGGCGUGUUUGCGCCGGGCGGCCAGGGCGUCCUGGCCGGGGACCCCAUGAAGCGGCUGGACUUGGCGGACGUGCUGGAUGCCAUCGCGCUGCACGGCCCCGACGCGGUCUAUCGGAGUAAUCUGACCCUCGAGCUCAUCGCGCAGGUGGCUGCAAAUGGAGGAGUGCUUAGUGCUGAAGACUUCAGCAACUACUCUGUCCUGGUGCAAAACCCACUGGAAACCACCUAUCAGGGCCAUCUCCUGCUGUCGGCCCCACCGCCCCAUGCGGGGGCCUCCCUGCUUCUCGCCCUCGGCAUCAUGGAGGGAUAUAAUCUGAGCACGCAGGAUGAUGGCAACCUCACCUACCACUGGCUGACCGAGGCCCUCAAGUUUUCCUUCGUCCAGGGCAGCACUCUUGGGGACCCUACUGUGGAUGCUUCUGUAGCCGAACGUAUGCAGAAUAUACUCAGCAAGCUGGAGGCAGGUCGCAUCAGGGAGCUGAUUAACGACAAGUGGACGUUACCCGCCGACAGCUACGGAGCGAAGCAGCUCAUUGACUCUUACGGCGACGCCAGCUCUGUGCUCGUCAUGGGGCCCGACGACCUCAUCGUGGCCAUGACCAGUUCUCUGAGCGGCGCGUUUGGCAGCCGUGUCAUGACGCCCUCUGGCAUCCUGCUAAACAGCGCCAUGCUCGACUUCACCAACCCCAGCCAAAGCCCCAACUCCACAGCCGACCAGGCGAACGUCAUGGGACCAGGCCGGCGGCCGAUCACCUGGGCCCUUCCCACCAUCGCACGGCCCCUGCGCGGUCUCUGCGGCACCUACCUGUCGCUGGGCGGCUCCAAGGGGCCUGCAGAUACCAGCAGUCUUGCACAGAUUAUCAUAGACCUCUUCUCAUUCCGGAGAAAUGUAACCGACAGCGUGCUGCUGGCACGGCUGCAUCCAGAGCCCAACUUGUGGCGUGUGCUGGUGGAGGAUGGCUUCCCAGAGGCGGAGGCGAGCUUCCUGCGAAGUCACGGCCACAAUGUGGUGAGGAGCAGGGGAUCCCUGGGCGUCACGCACGUCGUCCGUCGCCUCAACGAUAACAUCCGGGGCGUGGAGGACCCCCGCGCGGGACGAGCGCUGCCUUGAGCCCGGCAUGGCACGGGUCCCCCCCCCGCUCCUUCCUCCUCUCGCCACCAACCUUCCCUCCACCUCUUAUGCCCAAAAUCCUUGUAAACAUAGCUUCAGUUUUACGAUAAUUGUUUUAAAAUAUAUAUAUUUGUGGGUAUAACGAGCUGCUUUCUUACAUGAGAAAUGAACUCAGUUUUUGAUCCUUUUAAACAAUUUCAUAUUUCACCCCUAUUUUUAUUGCAUUAGCAAUUACGCCAUUCCCCAGGGACUAGUACACGUAGGAAUCCUUCAUCUGGGAAUGUUUUCAUUUAUCCUUGAUUUUUAAGCACGGUGUUUAGUUAUAGUUGAUAAGAUUUUUUUGGUGGGUUCUUAUAAAGUCAAUAUGUAAUUUGCGCCCUGUCAACCCGUUUUAGUAUUCAUGCCUGCUUUUAAAGAUCGAGGCAUUUAAAAUUCAUUUAGCCCUGCUCCACACAGCCUUUCCUAGAAGCCGGUCAGACCCAGUACAAGUGUAUUAGCUAAUUAUUAAAACUAUGCUGGUUAAGGAUGGUAUGAACGUGAUAAUAUUGUCCAGUGUGUUCUCUGCUUAAAACAGGUGAUGUGACAGACAAUACGGAACCCUGUGGAGCAGUCUCGUACGCAAUCGAUGAAUCGGACCAACUCAGCCAAUGUAUUAAAUAGCAUAUGACUUGCUUAAUUAGCUCAAGUGAGGUGAGCCAAUGAAGGUUCAUGCAAGGUUAUAUUAGUCUAUAUCCGAGCUGAUACUGGCCACAGGUGCAAGGUGGAAUUUAAAGCCCUGUAAGAGGUCCCUUGACUGGACCAUAUAAUUAUAAGAACAGUUUGGCCUGCUCAGGGAGGAGAAAGGAACUGCAAAUUUAGCGGUGCCUUUCAAAAACGUCAGAUUAGCAUGACCAUAUUUGCUUUCUGGAGAUCAUCAUUCACCCAGAUUGUUUAAAAAUAGUUUACUGUGAAUGUUUGUCAAAAAAACCCUAUAUUUAGCACUUCAGACUUUGGUAGUUAUUUUAAGAUAUAAUUUAGCCAUUUCUAUAACCUGAUGGGAUAACCCAACAGGCUUCAUGUAUUUGUGGUUGUAGUAACUCGUUUAUGGGAAGUCGCAGGCUCGGCUCCCUGUACAGUCAUCACAGUUAUUCGGGCUGCCUGCUGCUGCUGUCCACAAUCGAAGUGUUGGGCUUACACGGUGGCUCGCCACACACUGGUGGGGAGAAGCUGCAUGCUUAAAUGUUUAGGGCUGCAAAUUGACACUGCUUUAGAGUCGCCAAAUGAACCUGUGGAUUUCACAACUUUCCAACUUUAUCUGUUGCCAAUUCAAAGUGUGUUUAAUAGUUGACAGAAUUGACAGUGGUUGGCCUGCGAUAAUCAUUGGCUAUUGGGACAACUUUCUGUAAAAUUCUGGUUUUGUUAGAUAUUUAAAUAAUCAUCAGCUCUUAACAUUUAUCAACGACGUUGACAUUUUUCACAUCCUAAUUGCAAUCCAAAUUAUUUAUUAACUGCUUGCAAAUAUUUUUUUUUUAUGAAUCAGUCAUGUCUUAAUGCAUUAGAUGUACCAUACAGGUGAUUGGCUAUAAGAGUGUUGUGUUCCUUAUGGCAGUUGUAGCAAUCGAAAUGCAGUGUAUGAAUAGAAACCACCCAGUGCUUGAUGCUUUUGGGUAUUUAUAGCUGAAAUGUUUUGCACGUUGUGCCCACUGCUGCUAAAGUGGCUUGAGUAUGUUGCUUUUCACACUGACGAGAAAUGCACCUGUACCGUUGCUAUUUGUGAUUUGCAUUUACAGGUGGCAUUACGUGUGAUGCGUUAAAUCUUGGGCACUACAACUAAAGUGUGGUACUUUGAGUUGCAGAAAUAUUUAUUUUAUUAUGGCCAUUCCAUUGCAUAUGUUAAUUUUGAAAUAGUUUAAAACGUGCAGAGUACUGGGAUACAGUUUAGACUAUUGCGUGCAAUUGGCUUUCAAAAAAAAUUAAUCCAGCAUUAAUGUCUUAGUCGUGUUGUAAUGUGUUCUUUACAAUGCACAGUUGCAUCCAUGAACAGAGGGAAAGGUCUAGCACACUCCGUUGUGCUAUACAGCAGGUGUGCAAAGGUUGCAAAGUGCCGGAGUGUAAAUGGGGAAAUUGGACGGAAUGGUGCAUCCACUUGUCCUUUUUCUGCUGGCACAUCUGAGCCGAGCUGGGCCGAGCCGGGCAUCGCGGGUCAUUGUUCCCACUGCAGAAGCAGAGCUGUGCCACUCGCAUCACCAUGUGUGACGCAAUGACUCUAUACCGGAGCAACGUACUUGUCGUGGGUUCGAUUGGGGUGCACACAACUUGGAGGCGACACUAUUAACGCAUAACCAACGGGAACGUUGUAGACAGGAUGCUGACCACUGUUCCUAAUCUCACUAACACUCGCGGAGGGAAUACUACAUAACAUGACCAGGGCAGGUUAACGGGCUUGCCUGGUCACGAAGGUCGGAGCCUGGAGCAUUGAUGGCGUCUUCAUCCCGGGGUCGAACAGCCCCUCUUCUCUGUUCACACCCUGCUUAUAACUCCCGUGGCGUGGCCAGCUCUGCCCCAGGCCAUGCCCCCCUUCUCGAUCCUUUUGGAAGGUCUGGGCCUCCAACCACGUGACCCCCCCAAGCUCCCCUCUGGGGCCCUCGCCCCCCUUUAUCCAGUCGCGUGUCCUGUUGUGAUCACGCAGUGUCACGGCCUGGCACGAUCCCCGUGACACCCGCCUACAGUACCCAUAUCGAGCUAACACAGUAGUGACGUCGUAUGUCACUAAAUACAUACCGACUGAUGCCAUAUGCAUUGAAUGCGCCAUUAAACCUGGCCCGGCUUGGCAAUCGGGAAGAUCUGAUGUUUUGUGAGGCUAGCAUUAUUAUGGUUUGGUUCCGGCAAAUUGCCAGCAGGAAACCACGUGACAGCCCUGUGCUGGCUCAAGAUGUGCCGGUGGGUAAUGGAGUAUUGGGGAACAGACGGGGGAGUUUACCGGCGCCACUGACCUGGGCCUCCCUGGAGCCCGGCAUGACGUGGCUGGAGCACGGCCUCCCAACAAAGCACGAAGCAGCGCAGAGCCAUUGGACUGCCACACCCUCCCGUGGUGGCUUGCCGGGAAAAUGCGCAGUCCACCUCUUCAGCUCUGUAUGCUUAAUUGCCGUUAGUGAAUGAGCAUGGUACAUUUUUUUUUUGCUGUGUUUUAAACAGCAUGGCAUCUGACCCUGUAUCUCACUUGGCAAUGUGUUGUUUCACUGAUGUGUGUGCUAUUGCUAUGCCAGGUAAAAAAAAAAACUGAAGUAAAAAAAAUAAAGUAUUAAAAACACUC